GCAAAUAGAAUCACCGGCACAUUUUUGAAAAAGAGGAGUGCUCAACGAACGCCAUUCUCCAAAUUGCCUCUGCAAACACACUGCAACAGUAUUCCGACUGCUAUGGAUGUUCCUAAGGACCAACUCUCCAUUCUUUUGGAUCAUGGCCUCUACUCGUCUGCUCAAAUGCUGGGUUGCUUUGCUGUUUCUUCAACAUCGUUGGUUCCCGAAACUAGUCCCAAUCUAAGAGCCGAAAGCUUGGCGCUGUUUGGAGACUCACUAUUUCGGGAAAAAGAGUACCGAAGGGCUAUUCAAAUAUACAAGCAAGCCUUGCAUUGCAUUAGAAUACUACCAAAACAAAAUGUGGCAACACCCCCAACAACCAGGAGCUCAUUAACCACAUUAAAUAGGUCAUCUUCUCCAAAUGCUUUGAACUCAUCAGCAGUAAAUGACAACGAGGUGAAGUUCAAAAUUGCAACAUGUUACAGCAUACUUGGGGAGAAGAGAGCUGCUCUGGCCGAGAUGGAGGGAAUUCCAACCAAAUCAAGGAAUCUAGAGAUGAAUAUGCUGAUGGGAAAGCUUUAUCAGAAUUCUAGGCAUACUCGAUAUGCAGCUAAUUGUUUUAAAGAGUGUUUGAGGAUCUGUCCGUACGCAAUUGAGGCUAUUAUAGCAUUGGCUGACUUGGGUGUUUCUUCCAAGGAUAUUAUGUCCUUGUAUUCUCAGACCCCAAGCAAAGGUGGAAGAGCUCAAAUUGAACAUUUUGAUUCAAGUCGCUGGUUGCAGCAUUACAUCGAAGCUCAGUGUUGCAUUGCUUCAAAUGAUUACAAAGGUGGACUGGAAAUAUUCUCAGAACUUCUACAACGAUUUCCAGAUAAUGUUCACAUAUUACUCGAAAUGGCUAAGGUUAAUGCCAUAAUUGGGAAAAAUGACGAAGCCAUUCAGGAUUUUGAAAAGGUCCGGUCAAUUGAUCCAUAUGUUGUUACCUACAUGGAUGAGUAUGCAAUGCUUCUGAGGCUCAAAUCCGAUAAUUCCAAGCUAAAUAAGUUAGUGCAUGAUCUCUUGGAUAUUGAUCACUCGAAACCUGAAGUUUUUGUCGCUCUAUCUGUUCUUUGGGAGAAGAAAGAUGAAAGAGCAGCUUUAUCUUAUGCUGAGAAGAGCAUUCACAUGGAUGAGAGGCAUGUGGCCGGUUAUAUAAUGAAGGGGACUCUUUUGUUGUCAAUGAAUCGGCCAGAGUCAGCCAUACAUGCCUUUAGGGGAGCUCAAGAAUUAAGGUCUGAUCUUCGAUCAUACCAAGGUUUGGUUCGUUCUUGUUUGCUCCUUUCGAAAAUGAAAGAUGCUUUAUACGCUGCAAGAGAAGCCAUGAGGGCAAUGCCUCAAUCCGCAAAGGCUCUAAAACUUGUCGGUGAUGUCCAUGCUAGUAGCUCCAAUGGCAGAGAUAAAGCAAAAAAAUUCUAUGAAUCAGCCCUGAGGCUGGAGCCUGGUUUUCUUGGAGCUGCACUAGCCUUAGCUGAACUCCAUGUUGCAGAAGGUCGAAAUGGAGAUGCAGUCUCCCUCCUCGAGCGAUAUCUGAAAGAUUGGGCUGACGAUUCAUUGCACGUCAAGCUUGCUCAAGUGUUUGCUGCUACAAACAUGUUGCAAGAUUCCCUUUCACAUUAUCAGGCAGCAUUGAGGAUAAACCCUCAAAACGAAGCUGCAAAAAAAGGGCUCGAGCGCUUGGACAAGCAGAUGAAGGGAGUCGAUCCGGAUGCCCCGGAGGACGACGACGACGAUGAUGAUAAUGAGGUUGAUGAUGCUGAUGGAGAUCAGGAGGGUGAGCUAUUGUGAUCCUUUUGUGCAUAAAAUGUAUAACUCACUAUUAUUACAAUUCUUUUGGUCUGGAUUUUAUACAUCAUUUGUAUUUGCAGCUGCUUUUUUGGUUUGUUCUUUCAUCACAUUUUACUUAAUUUUCGAGAAAACAUUUUUACUUA